UGAAUGUGAAGGUCUGCUUCUACGCUAUCUUUUUAAUGUUACAUGAAGUUGUUGGAAUCUAAAUUUGAGUUGGUUUGCAAACGUUUAGACUAUUUACAUACUAUUUAAUGAAUGUGAAACAAUUAUGGACAUAAUAUCGUUCUUGGUCUAUGUUAUUCAAUCCAUGUAUCGAAAUCGAAAGUACACCGUUUAACUAGUUAAAGAUCAUAGAAGAUGGCAAAAGCAGACGCGUACAGACACUCCACUUCUUCACACUUACUCGUUGUCGCCUUUGACUUUGGAACUACCUAUAGCGGCUAUGCAUUUUCCUUUAGAAAUGAGCCGUUAAAAGUACAAACAAACCAGAACUGGAUCGCAGGUUCAGAGAAGCUGGUCUCUCUAAAGACACCAACCUGUGUGCUGUUGAGUCCAAAUAAACAGUUCGAUUCUUUUGGAUAUGAAGCCGAGAAUAAGUACUCUGAGCUUGCCUUUGACGAAAAUCAUGCCGGCUGGUUGCUGUUCAGACGGUUUAAAAUGUUACUGUAUGAACAAAAGAAACUUACCAGGGAAGCACACAUAUACGAUAUAAAUGGAAAUCCAAUGCCAGCUAUGACAAUAUUUGCCAUGUCGAUCCGCUAUUUAAAGAAGCAUUUUCUGUCUCAGCUGGACAAGCAAGUUACAGGUGUGCAAGAGACAGAUAUUCAGUAUGUUCUAACAGUACCGGCAAUCUGGGAUGAUCGUGCUAAACAGUUUAUGAGAGAAGCUGCAGUAGAGGCAGGGAUUGAUACAGCACGUUUGAGAUUAGCACUAUAGCCUGAGGCAGCUUCGGUCUGGUGUCAAACCUUGAAAGAAGAUGCUAUGGCUUCUCUUAUAGAAUCUGGAACACAGUAUAUGGUAGUUGAUCUUGGAGGUGGUACAGUGGAUGUGUCGGUCCAUGGAAUGAGCCCGGACGGUACACUGAAUGAGCUGCACAAAGCAAGUGGUGGUCCUUGGGGUGGAACAAACGUUGACGAUAACUAUAUUGCGUGGCUUGCUCAGAUUUUCGGACAUAGGGCAGUUGAACGUUUUCAGACAGAGGAUAUGGCAAGUUUCUUCGAUCUCCUUAGAGAACUCGAAACCAAUAAAAGAUCGGUUAGAUUUGAUGCUAUGCAACCUCUUAUCUUUAAAAUUUCAGCAGCUUUAAAGGAAAUAUCGGAGGAAGAAGAAGGCGAUACCUUGUCUAUAAGAUUUGCUGGAAAAGGUGUGGUCGUCAAAAGAGACAAGAUGAAAAUUGACCCAGCUGUUGUAAGACAAUGGUUUGACGGACCGGUUGAUAAUAUAAUUGGACACAUUAAAGGAAUCCUUUCUGACCCCAGUAUGGGUGGAGUGAACACUAUUUUACUAGUUGGUGGGUUUGCCGAAAGUAAAUAUAUUCAAGAGAAAAUGAUACAUGCUAUUAACUAUAAGCGAUUUAUUGUACCAAAUGAUGCAGGCCUGACAGUUCUCAAAGGGGCUGUAAGAUUUGGACAUGAACCAACUAUCAUAUCAACUAGGGUUAUGAAGUACUCAUAUGGCAUCAACGUGACACGAAACUAUGACGUAACAAAAUAUCCUGCAUAUCGCAUUACAUUCGUAAAUGGCAAACCCAUGGUAAAUUCUGUUUUUGAGAAAUUUGUGAGUGCUGGUGAAACUGUAAGAGUUGGUCACGAGGCGUGUACAUUUGGCAUACCAGUUAGCAUGAACUCUUCGGCUGUGGCAGUUUUUCGUGCAGCCGACCCAGAUCCGAAAUUUACAACCUACCCUGGUUGUGUAAAACUUGGCAAUCUAGUGGUUCACCAUCCAGAGGGAGAUACACUGGAAGAUAAACUUACAGAAAUUACAAUAACAUUUGGCGAGACUGAGCUGAGAGUUAAAGCUAAAAUUAUCAAAACAGGCAAAGAGUUCAAUACAAUUAUUGACUGCUUGCAAUAAGCAGACCGAAACUAACUAUCAGGAUAUUCAAAGUUGUUUUGAAAAGAUAAAAUGCAAAUAAAUUGUUUUCGAAGCCCUUCCAAUGGUACAUCUAUCUUACAAGGUUGAGAGAAAAUUUUAGUUGAUAAUUGCCUGUUAUCACAGAGUUCGAAUGACUAUUGUCUCUAGUGUGGCACGUCAUUUCAUUAUGGACAACAUUUGUGCGAAGUUACUUUGAAAUCCCUUGAAGAGUGGCGAAAUUAAGGAAAGGUUAUUGUUAACCUUUGGUCUCCAAGAUUGACAUUGACUUGGGGCUUGGGGUCUGGGUCUUGCGCGCGACACGUCUCAUUAUGAGAAAUGCCUUGAUGGGUGGCCGAAUAAUUGACCUUACAAUAAAUAGACCCUACAAGAGCUAGGUCUUGAUCGUGCGCGCGACAUGCCAUCUCAUUAUGGGAAACAUUUGUGCUAGAUAAUUUCAAAAUCCUUUGAUAAUUUGCAGAAACGGAAUAGGCCCUGUUAACAUUUUACCUCUAAGAGUGACUUUGACCU